AUGUAAUUUGUUAUAAUAUAAUUCUUUAGUAUCGAAUAUAUUGAAAUAAACACGUUUACAAUAUUAAAUAAAACAUUUAUGUAAAUGUAUUACGUAUUAUGUAUGGUGUUCUGUAAAAUACGUGUAAAUAUAAUCACAUCUCAGAAAAGGGAAUAAUAAUCUUAUCGUUAUUUAACAUCAAGUGUUUAUACGACAGUGGAUUGAAAUAAAAAUAAAGAAAAAAAAAAAUAGAAAACACAUUAAAAUUUAAGAGAUUGAGAAUAAAUCACCAUUGAAAAAAUACAGGCCAAGCAAAAGGAUUUUUUUUACAAACGAACGAGAUAUUUUUCCAAGUCACGUGGAGGCCGGUUUAACCUAAGCGUGUAUUUUAAAAUCAAAACUUGCAGUCAACGCAAAAUAAAGUUUCAUUUUAAUAUAAGUAACGUGCAUCGUUAGCAAAUAAUAUAAUACAAAAAUAUGAUCUAAUAUAUCAUACACAUUUUUUUCAAUUUUUUAUCAUAUUUCUUUUAAAUUGCAAUUAUUAUUAAGAGAGAAUGACUUCAUUUGUGAAUAACAUGUUAUACAUUUGAUAUUAAUUAAAGAUUGUGAUUAUAUAUCAAUUCUCUAUAGGAUAAUAAUUUUGUUUGUCCAUAUAACAUAAUAUAACCUUAUUUGAAUUAAAAAGUGUGUGUAAAUAUGUUUCAACAAAUGAAAAAGUUUCAAUCAAUCUUGUCGUUAAAGGAAAGAUCAUGUUUCAAUUUAUUUGUCAAUAAUUAUUCGGUUAACAGUUCUAAGAUAAGUGAAACUACGUUAAAUUCUUUUCAAGAUAUUCCUGGACCAAUAUCUUUACCUUUGAUUGGAACAUUGUAUAAAUAUAUUCCUUUGAUAGGUGAAUAUUCAUUUACAAGACUUUACGAGAGUGGAGUUAAAAAAUUGAAACGUUAUGGUCCAUUAGUAAGAGAAGAAAUAGUACCAGGUGUACAAAUUGUAUUUGUAUAUCGUCCAGAAGAUAUAGCUGAAAUUUUUAAAGCUGAAACUUCAUUACAUCCUGAACGUAGAAGUCAUUUGGCACUUCUCAAAUAUAGAAAUGAUAGAAGUAAUAUAUAUAAUACUGGAGGUCUUUUACCAACAAAUGGACUCGAAUGGUGGAGAUUACGUAAAGAAUUUCAAAAGGUUCUUAACAAAAUAAAUUAUGUUGUUAAUUAUCUAAAAGAUACGGACAGUGUUAUUAAAGAAUUUCUUCCUCUUUGUACAGAAGAAAAAUAUGAUGAUUUCUUACCGCUACUUUCGCGUCUCUUUCUUGAAUUAACGUGUCUGACAGCCUUUGAUAUAAGAAUGAAUAGUUUUUCGAAGGAAGAAAUGCAGAAAGAUUCUAGAAGUUCUAAACUCAUUGAUGCAGCAUUUUCAACUAAUAGUGCUAUUUUGAAAUUAGAUAAUGGACCUAGAUUGUGGCGUUAUUUUGAUACAAUUCUUUAUAAAAAAAUGUGCAAAGCACAAAACUAUAUGGAGAAUGUCGCAAUAGAAAUGGUAAAUAAGAAAAUAGAAAAAGGAACAGAUCCUUCUAAGAAAUCUCUUCUUGAUGCUUAUUUGAAUAAUCCUGCAUUGGAUAAAAAAGAUAUAGUUGGUAUGGCUUGUGAUAUGUUGCUUGCUGGUAUCGAUACUACAAGCUAUACUAUGUCUUUUGUUCUGUAUCAUCUUGGAAAGAAUCCUGAAUGCCAAGAAAAAUUAAGAGCAGAAUGUUUCAAGUUAUUACCGGAUAGUAAUCAAGACAUAACUCCAAAUAUUUUACGUAAAGCUGAGUACACAAAGGCUGUAAUCAAAGAAACAUUUAGAUUGAAUCCAGUAUCGAUUGGAAUAGGACGUGUUUUACAGACUGAUAUUGUUCUUAAUGGUCAUUGUGUACCUAAAGGUACUGUAGUUGUAACGCAAAAUCAAGUCACCUGCCAGUGUCCUGAAUAUUUCGAUGAUCCGCAUUCAUUCAUACCGGAAAGAUGGUUACAAACAAAUGCAGAUGUCAAUAAUAAACAUACUAAUUCUUCAAGAUCUAUUAAUCCAUACUUAGUAUUACCUUUUGGUCAUGGACCACGGUCUUGUAUUGCUAGGCGUUUUGCCGAACAAAGCAUGCGAACUUUAUUAAUACGGAUCUGUCGAGAGUUAGAAUUUACUUGGAGUGGUGAUAAUCUCGGUUGUAAAUCAUUAUUAAUUAAUAAACCGGAUGGCCCAAUCAAGCUCAAUUUUACAAAAAUAUAAACAUUAAUAAAUUAUAUUAAAACAGUGGAGCCUUCUAUAUUCUAACUCUCAUUAUCCGAAUAUCCGAAAAUAUCUGAAAGUUUUGUUAUUUAAAUAAUCAUUGCGUAAUAAUGUUUACAUUCGUGUAUUCGAUCAAAUGAAUUCUAGUUAUAAUAAUUUUAUUAUUUAAUCAUAUAAUAAUAUCCAUUAUAUUUUAAAUUAUUAUAAGGAGUAUGUAUCUGUUUAAACAUUCCGUUCGAACAACGUCGGUAAACAAAUUUUGUAAUAGGAAUACAAAAGGCUCAACUAAACUUUGGAAGUAAUAAUUA